UCAAUCCAAAUCCACAGGCGGCUCCAGCAGAUCAUUUAUACGAGCAGCAAAUCCAUCCAUGGGGGCGGGAAUGAAGCACGCGAGGGAGGAGGAGGUACUGUCGCUGGCGCUGUCGCUGAGGACGGACUCCUCGACGUCGUCGGCCGACUCGGCCGGUGCACCGGCCAGGAAGAGGGCGCGGCGGGGAAGAGUGGUGGCCACGUCGGGGGAAGGGGAGUUCGUGUGCAAGACGUGCGGCCGCGCCUUUACGACGUUCCAGGCGCUCGGCGGCCACCGGACCAGCCACCUCCGGGGGCGCCACGGGCUGGAGCUCGGCGUCGGGGUCGCCAGGGCCAUCAAGGAGCGGCAAAGGCAGGAGGACAAGUAGCAGCACGAUUGCCACAUCUGCGGGCUGGGCUUCGAGACCGGCCAGGCGCUCGGAGGCCACAUGCGCCGGCACCGCGAGGAGAUGGCGCUCAGCGGCGCCAUCGACCGGUGGGUCGCUCUGUCGGAGCAGGAGACUGGGCACCAGGCCGCCGCCCACCGGCCGCCGGUCUUGCUCGAGCUGUUCGUCUAGGGUCUUUAGAAUCAGAUAGGUUCAUUGUUCGACCUUGUACAGAGUGUAUUUUUGGUGAUUAGCGUUUCUGUUCUUGCUGGAUAAAUCUGCUUUGGAUCGGUCCCUUUGUUAACCGAUUGACUGGAGAUUUACAUGCACAGAUGUGCUUGUAUUAUUGUGUACAUAA